CGAUGGCUACUUUACGAACCAGUGUUGAACGUGUUGCAAGUGUUUAUCGCAGGCGGCUACUACAAAUGAAUGAAUUGCAACAGAAGAUAAAAUCGCUCAAGAUGGCUACUUCGUACUACCCCCAGCUUGGUCUUCUGUAUCAUGAUUUAGUCCCCCACUCUCCUGUCAUUGCCGAGGCCAUUCGCCGCUUACCGCGGGAAGAGACCGAGGCGCGUGAUUUUCGGCUCGCUCGUGCUUUCCAGCUGUCAGCAUGCCAGACUGUUUUGCCGAAGGAGCAAUGGACCACGGCUGAAAAUGAUAUACCCUACUUGGAUCCAUACAUCGAUCUGACGCGUAAAGAAUGGCAAGAACGGAAAGAAUGGGACCACUUCAUUAACGCUCAAACGUAUCCUUAGUGGCAUCAUAGCGGUUUCUUGUCAACGUGUGUAGAUAGCAAAUAUACUCUUAAUCACAGACUUGUUCCAUCCUGCGCACUGCAGAUGUCUCGAUUUCUGUGCUAAUUAAUCCAUCGAUCUUCAUUUUUGCAGGUGAAAUGACUAUCAAAAAGAUACACGCUCGCCAGAUUUAUGACAGUCGUGGUAACCCAACAGUUGAGGUAGAUGUAACAACUGAUAAGGGUUUGUUCCGAUCCGCAGUUCCUAGCGGAGCAUCCACUGGUGUACAUGAAGCUCUUGAGCUGCGCGAUGGCCCCCCAGGCCACAUGGGGAAAGGCGUGAUGAAAGCAGUAGAUAACGUGAAUAAGACGAUUGCUCCCGCCUUAUUGAAGUCGAACAUUGCCGUAACUGAUCAAACUGCAAUUGACAAGUUGAUGCUUUCUCUGGACGGUACUGCAAACAAAGACAAACUUGGUGCUAACGCUAUUUUGGGCGUUUCCCUGGCUGUCUGCAGAGCUGGUGCCGCCGAAAAGGGCGUGCCGCUGUAUAAGUACAUAGCCAGUCUCGCGGGAAACGAUCAAGUGAUACUGCCAGUUCCAUCUUUCAACGUGAUUAAUGGUGGCAGCCAUGCGGGAAACAAAUUGGCUAUGCAAGAAUUCAUGAUAAUGCCCACUGGCGCUACUUCAUUUAAAGAAGCCAUGAAAAUGGGAAGUGAAGUGUACCACAACUUGAGAGCCGUAAUCAAAGAAAAGUAUGGGUUGGACGCAUGUAAUGUCGGUGAUGAAGGUGGAUUCGCUCCCAAUAUUCAAGACAACAUGGAAGGAUUGGAACUGCUUCGGACCGCCAUCGAAAAGGCCCAUUACACGGGAAAAAUCAAGAUAGCAAUGGACUGUGCUGCAUCAGAGUUUCAUAAGCAGGGCAAAUACGAUCUGGAUUUCAAAAAUGUUAAAUCUGCACCAGAUUCUUGGAUUUCUUCCGAGUCAUUGGCUGACGUCUACAAAAAGAUGAUGAGCACUUAUCCAAUAGUCAGCAUCGAAGAUCCAUUUGAUCAGGAUGACUGGGCUGCCUGGAGCAAGUUGACCGGAUCGUGUGAUAUUCAGAUCGUUGGCGAUGACUUGACGGUAACGAAUCCCAUUCGCGUACAGCAAGCCAUCGACAAAAAAGCCUGCAAUUGUCUUCUGCUCAAAGUUAACCAGAUUGGAUCGGUGACGGAAUCUAUUCAGGCUUGCAAACUUGCACAGUCCGCUGGUUGGGGUGUGAUGGUUUCACACAGAUCUGGAGAGACAGAGGACAACUUCAUUGCCGAUCUAGUUGUUGGUCUUUGCACUGGACAGGUACAGCUCUCAUUAUGAUGAUUAUGCACGACUCCACAAGUUGCUGAGUGUGGUCUCCCAGACUGUUAGUUGGGGUCGAAGAGGACUGGUUGCCGCAACCUCCUGAGUUAGUCACCUGUUUGGUUGGUUCGCAUAGAUUUGAAUAUCGGAUUUGCCGUUGACUGUUGCAUUUUGCCUUUUGUAUUACGUAUAGUUCUAAAUAAGGUGCUUUUUUUCCGGCUAUUUUAGUGCUUCGUUCUUUUUUUAUAGAUCAAAACAGGAGCACCCUGUCGCUCGGAACGUUUGGCAAAGUACAACCAAUUGUUGCGCAUUGAAGAAGAUCUGGGCGCUGCAGCUAAAUAUGCUGGAGAACACUUUCGCCGACCUUUAAAAUGACGGAGAACGAUGUAGCCUUCACCUAUGUCCAAUUUAGUCCUCCGACGUUACAUGUCUCUGUUAGUUGUUCCUAACCAAUUAUAAAUACUUGCUCACUGUGUGCUAAAA